AAGUCUAAAAGCUAGUUGGUUUUCAUUGUUCAGAAAAAAUUCAAACCGCAUAGCCACGUUGCUCUGCAUCGCAUUCCAGUUUUCCACUUUCCAAUACCACCUCGAUAAACACUUCCACUCCCCAAGUUCAAACUUCAAAUCCACAACAUCAGCAACAACAUCCAUUCUUCUUCUUUCUUCUUCUUCUUUUCACACCAAACUCACUCUCUGCAACUCCUUGUUGCCAAAACAAGAAGAAAAAGAAAAAUGCCUGUUCGGCUAACCUUUUUUCUCAGUGUAAUACAAAUUAUCACUAUCAUAACUUUUCCACUAUCUUCUUCUCUAACCCCAGACGGACUCUCUCUCCUAGCUCUCAAAGCCGCCAUAGACUCCGACCCGACUCACGUCCUCGACUCCUGGUCCGACUCCGACCCAACCCCAUGCCACUGGCCCGGCAUUGUUUGCGCUCGCAACCGCGUCACCACCCUUUUCCUCCCUAACAAGUCCUUCUCCGGCUACCUCCCCUCCGAACUCGGCUUCAUCAACUCGCUCCGCCGACUCACUCUCUCCCACAACAACUUCUCCAACACCAUCCCUUCCCAUCUCUUCAACGCCACAACUCUUCUCAUCCUCGACCUCUCUCACAACUCUCUCUCAGGUCCAAUCCCACCUCAAAUCGCUUCCCUCAAAACCCUUCGCCACCUUGACUUGUCCUCUAAUUCCCUCAAUGGGUCUCUCCCUAGCUCUCUCUCCGACCUCCAAAACCUCACCGGAACUCUCAACUUGUCCUUCAACAAAUUCUCCGGCGGAGUCCCAGCGUCUUACGGACACUUUCCGGUGAUGGUGAAUUUGGAUCUCCGGCAUAAUAAUCUCACCGGCGAGAUUCCUCAGGUUGGGUCUUUAUUGAACCAGGGUCCCACUGCUUUCUCUGGAAACCCUAGUCUCUGUGGGUUUCCGUUAGAAACUCCAUGUCCGGAAGCUCAAAACCCUAAUGUUUUUAAAAGUCCCGAAGAGCCUCCGAGAAAACCAGAAAAACCUAACCCAAGUUUCAAGAAAGACGGUACUCCGAAUUCCGUACGGGUCGUAUCGGUCGUUUCGGUGGCGGUGGUGUGCGUUAUUUCGGUUUCGGUUUUGGUUUCGGUGCUUGUGUUUCGGAGGAAAUGGAAGGGCAGUGGUGGGGAGGGCAAAAUGGGAAGAGAAAAGUUGGAGGAGUAUGACGAGGGGUUCAGGAGUAAUUUCGAAGAGGAGGAAGGGCAAAAGGGUAAAUUCGUGGUGGUGGACGACGAGGGGUUUAAUUUGGAAUUAGAGGAUUUGUUGAGGGCAUCGGCGUACGUGGUGGGAAAAAGUAGGAGUGGGAUAGUGUAUAAAGUGGUUUCUGGGAGAGGAUCCAAUGCGGCGGUUCCUACGGUUGUUGUGGCCGUUCGGCGAUUGAGUGAAGCUGCUGAUGCCACGUGGCGGUUCAAGGAGUUUGAGUCUGAGGUGGAGGCUAUUGGUAGGGUCCAACACCCUAAUAUCGUACGGCUGAGAGCUUAUUACUAUGCAAAUGAUGAGAAGCUGUUGGUUAGUGAUUAUAUUCGCAAUGGGAGCUUGUACACUGCGCUACAUGGUGGUCCUGGUCCUUCCAAUUCUUUGCCUCCGCUUACAUGGGCAACAAGGUUAAAAAUUGCUCAAGGAACAGCUAGAGGUUUAAUGUACAUCCAUGAGUUUAGCCCCCGAAAAUAUGUUCAUGGCAACAUAAAAUCAACAAAAAUCCUUCUUGAUGAUAACCUCCAGCCUUACAUUUCCGGUUUUGGACUCACCCGUCUUGUUUCAAGUACCUCUAGAUUUACCAAUUCAUCAUCCAAAAAGGAGAACUCUAACCAAACCAUCUUUACCUCUUCAUUGGAUUCAAGAAUUUCAGCUUCCUCUAACAUGUACUUGGCACCUGAGGUUCGAAUGCCUGGCAACAAGUUCACUCAGAAAUGUGAUGUUUACUCUUUUGGUAUUGUGAUGUUGGAGAUGUUGACUGGUAGGCUGCCAGAUGCAGGACCAGAAAACAAUGGUAAGAUGCUAGAGAGUUUUGUGAGGAAAGCGUUUCGAGAAGAACACCCCCUAUCUGAGGUCAUAGACCCAGCACUUCUGCCUGAAGUGUAUGCAAAGAAGCAAGUUGUUGUAGCAUUUCAUAUUGCACUAAAUUGCACUGAACUUGAUCCAGAGAUGCGGCCUAGGAUGCGAACAGUUUCAGAGAGUCUUGAUAGUAUAAAAUCACAGUGAAGAAAGUGAAGAACAUUGUAGAAUUUUGGUUCUUGUUGCUGAUUUUUGAUGUUGAAGGUGUUUGGUUUGUUAGCAGUCCAUGGUUGGAGGGGCAUUUGGGUGUACAUUUUCCCGAAAAUGUUUUUGUAAGCCAAAAUGCGUUAAGAUUCUCCUGAAAUAUGGAGAAUGUGCGGGGGAGUUAAUUCCAAACACUAUUCCUAGCAGGUUUGCAAUGAAUGUGUAUCAAUCCAGCCAAUUUGUAAUUAAUGUUUCAGGAUAUUUGACCCUUGAUCUCGUCUAA